AAGUAAGGAUAAACGUGAAGAGGACAAGAAAACAUUGACUACUUUUUUCAAUAAAAAUAAUAAAGAAGGAUAUAAGGAGAUUGUUGAUAAAAUUCUUAAAGAAAAAGUUGUUCAUGUAGACAACUCACCAACAAGUUUUGAUGGCUACAUUAAUAAAUCACGACAAAAUUCGAGAAAAAAAUUAUUAGAUUAUUUAGAUAAAUUUAAAAAAGAAGAACCUUAUGAACCUGAAACAAGAAAAAGACUAGAUGAGAACUAUCCUUUUGAAAAUGAAAUAAAAAGAAUGCUUGUAUUAGAUGUCAGUGAUCAAAAUUUAAAGGGAAGACUGAGUUUAAAAGUGGCGGGUGGUAGUUUAGUGCUAGUAGGACAGUCUGACACUACUGAUCCAAACUCCCAAACUUAUACUCAAACCGGAGGCGUGAUUGCCAUUGUGGAUAAUUAUCAUGAGUUAUUAGGUAUCUUGGAAAAAAUUGAGCAAAAAGAUUUAGGCAAAGUAAACGAAACACUUAAUAAUUUAAGAAAAGUCACUAAAACAUUUUUAGACACGUAUGACAAAGAGGAUAAAGAAAAAGACAUUAGGAAAAAUGGAGUAAUUGAUAUUGAUGAGUUGAUUGGAGAUAAACCGAGAGCAGAAUUCGCUAAAGACUUAAUUCAGAAUUUAGUAUUGAAGAAGAAUACAAUCAAAAAGGUCUGCCAAGAACUUAAAGAAUUAGAAAAUGAGGAAAUAAAGGCCGCACUUAAUUCUUUAAAAAACAGAACAGGUGAACUACAAAAAAUUCUAGCAGAGCAUAGCUCUAAUGAGGAAGAAAACACGGCAAUAGCGAUAAAAUCCGAAGAAGAAAAAGAAUUAAAGACAAUUGUAGAGACAAUAAAGAAUUUAGAGAAAAAUCUUGAGACCUUGCGUACCAAAUUAACUAAUGGAAAAGAUAAAGAGAAAAUCGAAUACGUUGCUCAGCAAGAACAUAUCGAUAAUAAUUAUGGGCUUGUUAGCAGUAAAAGUUCAAUCAAGUCAGCUAAAACCAAACUAAAAAGCAACAGCAAAUUCUCGGAAACCAAACGCGAAGAAAGAGAAGAAAAGCUAAAAUCAUUUUUUAGCGAUUUUCCAAUUACUCCCAGGAAAUUUGUUAAAGCGUUAGAAAAUAUCAAGCCAGGAUUGAGUGGAAAAUUAACGGCAGAAGAAAUCAACAAUCUUUGUCAAAACAAGUCAGAAUUAAUUCAGUUACAAAAAGAAUUUAAAGAAUUAAUGGGUAAACGUAGGCAAGAAGUAGUCCUUAAAAGCCUCAAUAACUCCCAAAACAAUACCGAAUUUCUUAAAGAGACCGAAAAGCAUAAAAUCAUUGAUGAUUGA